UCUUGCCGUCGUAAAACCACGAUAUAAAUACGGUCCUCACCAACAGUUCUACAUCUUCUGGUCAACUGUACCAAAAUGUGGUCACUGGUAUUUCUACUCACGGGAGUUUGUACAGCUACACCCCUCCAAAAGAUAGUAGGGGGUCAGGACGCUUUACCUAACAACUGGCCAUGGCAGCUUUCCCUCCAGUUCCAGGGGUCUACCGGUAGCUACAGUCACAUCUGUGGCGCCGCUUUAAUCUCGGAAAAUUACGCCCUGACGGCUGCACACUGUGUCUCUCACGAUCCUACCGUCGCUAAAUAUAAACUGCUUCUGGGAGAGCAUGAUUUCACCAUCGACUCGGGAAACGAAGUCACGAUCGCUGUAGACACGAUCACAAUGCACCCACAGUACAGCGACAAUUCCGGAGGAUUCCCGAAUGACAUCGCCAUUCUGAAACUGUCUUCACCUGCCUCCUUAAACGCCUUCGUGAAAACAGCGAAACUGCCCACAUCAACCAGUACUACUUUCUACAACGGAAGAACUUGUUACAUCACUGGAUGGGGGCGGCUUACCGGGGGUGGAGGUCUUCCCAACAUUCUUCAAGAGGCACAGACUACAGUGAUGUCCCACUCUAACUGUCGCAGUGGUUUGGGUAUCACAGGACUGCUGUACCUUCAGGAGGGUCCUCACAUAUGUGUCUAUUCGGGCUCAAACGGCGCCUGUAAUGGUGAUUCUGGUGGUCCCCUAGUAUGUGACGUCGACGGUGCGUGGGAAUUAGCGGGCGUAACUUCCUGGGGUCUCCAGAACUGUCCCACCAGCAGCCCUUCCGUCUACACCCGCCUGUCCAACUAUGAGAGCUGGAUCGCACAGAAUACCGAUGUACAGUAUUAGUAACCAGUAUUUCUACGACGAAAUAUUGUAACUUUAUUGCAUCAUAAAAAUCAAAUAAACAUACAAAAUAAA